AUGGCGCUCAUGGCCAGGAUCCUCCGCUCCAUCGUGCGCAACGAUGCCAUGCGCUCCGACCCAGACGUCAUCUACGGCUGGCGCGUCUUCGCCCUCGUCUUCGCCUCGUGCUUCGGCGGCAUGCUCUUCGGCUGGGACACGGGCGCCAUCGGCGGCGUCCUCGCCAUGCCCGCCUUCCAGGAGACCUUUGGCACCGCAAACAAGUCCAAGCAGGACAAGUCCAACCUCGAGCAGAACAUCGUCUCCACCCUGCAGGCCGGCUGCUUCGCCGCCUGCUUCGCCACCAGCUGGCUCGCCGACAAGUACGGCCGCAGGCUGUGCCUCAUGGCGACUGGUGUGCUCACGGCUAUUGGUGUUGCCUUGCAGGCUGCGUCGGCGGCGCAUGGAACGCUGGCUGUCAUGUAUGUUGGGCGAUUUGUUGCCGGGCUGGGUGUCGGGGCGGCGUCGACGUUGACGCCGUUGUAUGUGUCGGAGUGUGCGCCAAGGUCUAUCCGUGGUGGCUUGACGGCAUUCUACCAGCUCUUCAUCGUCUUUGGCAUCAUGGUGGCCUUUUGGGUCAACUACGGCUGCCUCCUUCACGUGCCCGCUCCGGCCGUCUACGUCGUGCCUCUCGCCCUGCAGGCCCUCCCUGCCGUCUUCCUGAUUGGCGGCAUGUUCCUGGCUCCGGAGAGCCCGCGAUGGUGCGCCCGAAAGGAUGACUGGGAGCGAGCCACCAAGAUUCUCGUCAAGCUGCGAUGUCUCCCUGCCGACUCAGAGUACGUCUCCAGCGAGAUCCAGGACAUGGCCAGCCAGCUCGAGAUCGAGAGGCGGUUGACGGGCGACGCCACCGCCAAGACCCUGCUCAAGGAGAUGUUCCUCAUCCCCGGGAACCGCAAGCGCGCCAUCAUCUCCAUUGUGCUCAUGGUCUGCCAGCAGAUGACUGGCGUCAACGCCAUCAACUACUACGCCCCGCAAAUCUUCCAGAACCUGGGCAUGACCGGCACCGACUCGUCUCUCUUCGCCACGGGCAUCUACGGCGUCGUCAAGAUGGCGGCCUGCUCCGUGUUCCUCCUCUUCAUUGCUGAUUCGCUCGGUCGCCGCUGGGCUCUGUUGUGGACGAGCGGUGCCCUGGCCAUUGUGCUGUACAUUAUCGGCAUCUACGGCCGAGUGCAGCCACCCGUCAAGGGCGAGCCAGUCUCUGCCUUCGGAUAUGUCGCCAUUACCUGCAUCUAUCUCUGGGCUGCUCUUUUCCAAUUCGGCUGGGGCCCGGCCUGCUGGAUUCUCGUGUCUGAGAUCCCGACGGCUCGCCUGCGUGCCAUGAACGUGGCCAUCGGUGCCGCCACUCAGUGGCUCUUCAACUUUGUCAUGGCUCGAUCUGUCCUCACCAUGCAGGCCACCAUGGGCAAGGCCGGAUACGGCAUGUUCUUCAUGUUUGGCAGCUUCGACAUCAUCAUGGGCUUCUUCGUCUACUUCUUUGUGCCCGAGACCAAGGGCAUCAGCCUGGAGAAGAUGGACGAGCUGUUUGGCGUGACGGAGACGGCCAAGAAGCUGGACGAGGAGGCCGACGCCGACCACCCAGUGAGCGUGCGGUCGGAGCGGGCUGACAAGUCGUAG